UUAAAAUGAUUUGGACAGCCCACUCUUUCGAAAUUCGAAACCCUAAAUCGCCGACACCCCCAAUUCAUUUGGUUCACUCCGUGCGACAUCGAAGAGUAAAGAAUGGGUGACAAGAAGAAGAAGGCUCAGAUGUUUGUAAAGCUAGUGUCUGCUGCUGGGACUGGAUUCUUUUAUGUUAAGCGGAAGCCAAGGCAGUUUACAGAGAAGCUUGAGUUCCGAAAAUAUGAUCCUAGGGUUAAUCGUCAUGUUCUGUUUACAGAGGCUAAAAUGAAGUGAUAGGACCUUUAAUGGCUUCCUUUGCAUUGUAACUGAAUCAUUCUUGUAUUUCUCUGAGACAAUUAUCUCAUUUGGUAUUAGAUUAUGAACCAUGCACUCAUGCCAAUCCUUUUACUGUCUCUGCCUCUUAGCUAUUCAGGUUCGGUAUCAGUUCAUAGCAUUCCAUUCCUGGCUGUGAAUUGUUCUGAAGGCUUUGCUUGAACAAAUGAUUGAAGACCUUGAGUAUGCUAACUUCUGUUCUAGCAGAGUUAGGCUCCAAUUAGAUUCAGAUAAUUUGUUAUGGAACAUGAUUGUGUUAGGGUCCCAUCCCAUGAUGUUCCAAAAGAUGAUAAUAGAGUCAGGUAUUUCUGUAAGUCACAUUACCUAUAAUUGCGCAAUACAUGCUCAAAAACAAAAUGGCAUGUUCAUUAGUUAA